AACAAGCCGCAAAGCAGAACUGCAGCAUCCGGAGGUGUUCCCCGGAACAUCUGAGAUGGAGGAGAAAGGAAAGGGUGACUUGACUUUGGCACACAGCAGGCACAAAGGAGAAAGAGGUAGGCAACCAAAAGGUAACAGGGCAAGGACUUCGGUGGAUCUGGUUUAAAACAGGCCAGAACAGCUUUGGGUGACAGCAGAGUUUCUAUUGACUUUUAUUGAACACUUCCCUCAGUCCAAUAGCAGCUUUGACCUCAUGUCCACCAGUAUCAUAACUUGUCAUUCAAAUGCUUUCCUGAAUGACUUCAAACCAACCCUGGUCAAGUUUACAGAAGCACAGUUUAAAGAUUUUUUUUUUUUCCCCUCUUCUUCCUUCUUGACAGUUUGGCAGUAAUGGAAUUGGUGCUUCCAAAUGCAGACAUGUUCUGCUAUUCUAAUGCCCUCAUGCGCAGUGUAGUGUAGGGCUUGGAAUCGAGAUGUCCCAGUCUUGUGGUCUUCCAUUGCAUAUACAUGUGUGUCUUGUGUUGUUUUUUAGUUGGGUCCUAUAGGAACUGAACUCCUCCUGGUCUUUUUCUAAGUGAAGUCUAAGCACUUGUCCAUGAGCUUAGGGUGUUAAGCAAACUGUUCAAAGAGGUGUGGAGAUGCUACAUCAGUAGUGCUACACAAGCUGUUAUUUUGGUUAGCUGGCAGGGACAAGGAACUGGAUUCCAGUGAGCAGCAGCACCAAGAGGAAAGGGGUAGGAGAUAAUUUUCUUUGGAGACUAUGUGCUAAGGAGCUAUAGAUAUGGUGGCAUAGGCUACGUGUCUGGCCCAGAAUUAGGGGCUGCUGUCAUCAGUACCUGAAGCUGAAGUCAAUACUGUAGGUACAUGUACAAAGCAUGCUUGGAAAUGAUUGCUGGAUACUUUUUACGUAGAAGAACAGGAAAAGUCCUUAAGCAAUACAUUCCAUAUGGAAAUAGCAUUUCUGUAAGCAGAAAACCUGACCUGAGUAGUCUGGUCUAGCUUCAGAAGUAGCCCUGCUUUGAGCAAGUGUUGAGCAAGAUACUUCCAGCCUGAACUAUUUUGUAUCAUAACUUUUGUGCUCAGCUGUGGUUAGGUGGGUCCUGCGGUGGGCCAGCAGUGUCUGGUGAGACAUCUGACACAGGGUUUGCUAGAUGAUGAGGAAUGCUGCAGUCUGAUGCUGAGCCUUCAUCUCAGGAAGGGCAGAGGCUGCACAAGGACCAGUGUGGUGUGCUGUGCCUGCCUGGUCGUAAAAUGCUAAAUAUGCAAAUAAGUGUGAACUAGAGGCAGAGUCUGAGACACAGGCCACGGUGCUGCAGGCCAGUGUGAGUCAGCAAGAAGCACUUUGCCCUCUGUGUCAGUCCCAGAUGGCAGCUGCAGGGAGUCAGCAGCAGGGACCCUUCACCCUCUGACUCAACGCCGGCUCUGUGCUGGAGGCUGGCACCCAGGAGCGCGUUUGCUCACCCUUCACUUUACUCUGCUAACAUUGACUUCAGUGCCCUACGUGGUAAAAGUGGCUGACAUAGGCACCUGGGGAGGGAAAAAAGUGUCCUUCCCCAUCUGACCACGUUGACAUCUAUGACAUGGGGAGGCUCCUGUGUAAGCUAGAAUGCUCACUGCCUGGCAUUAAAACUUCCCCAGUGUAUUUCAGUGACAAGGUACCAGGGAGUGUCGAGCUGAGGUGACUGCCCUCCCUGGGUUUAAUUCAGCUACCUAUAGUUGUUUCCAGACGGCUUUUGCCUUGUCCCAUCCUGGCUGGACAUGUAGGAUGGCUGCGCUGCUCUGGAGGCAGGUGGUGUCCUUCGCCCCACUGCCAGCCGGUAAGAAUAUAGCAUGCAAUGAGUGCAGAGGCUCUAAAUGGUGUGCAGGGCUUUAUUGGCUAUAGGGUGUAGGGUAAGGGUCAGUGCAGGCCAUUUACAAACGUCCUGAUAAAUCACCCUUGAGGACAGAAGCAGCACGAGGGAGCCAAACGAUGCCAGCGCUGAGGCAAGUGCUGCAGGGCCUGGGAGGUUUGUGCUGCUGUUCCAGUGCCAUCUGGUGGGACAGCCUAACCAGUGCAGCUCUCCCCAAAACCUCCCUCUGCGGUCUUUACUGCAUGUGCAUGGAUGUGGAGGGAAAUAGCUUGAGGUAAAAUAAGUGUGGCCCUAAGGUUACAGCAUGGGUGGGGGUGACCUUCCCCAAUAGCCCCCAUGCUUGUUUGGUGGCUGUGGUUGUUUUCCAUUUUUGUGCUUUUCUUUCCAAUCUUCCCGCUCCCCCUUCAAAAGAGGGAGAUCUAGUACAUGCACCUCACUGGGCAGAGGUGUAGCCAAACUGAAUUCAACGCUGUUAAGUUCUGUGUGAUCCUUGGACAGAACUGACAAUGAAGCAUGAAGGAUUGCUUCUGUGGGGAGGUGUUAUGUGGCCACAGCUUGUUCAUGCAAAUUCCAUGUGCCCACUCUUAAGAAGCUAAACUUCACAGCCCUGGGUCUGACCAGAACUUGGAUCUGGCCCAGGUUUGGAGUCAGAUGUGCAGCUGUGGCAAGCAACUGCAGUAUUUAGAUCUGAUCUCCAUUGAUUUCUGGCCUUGAGACUUGUGGCUCAGACCCAAAAGAGGAAGGGGGUAAACGUUCCUAAGAAUGGCAUAAAACAAAGCUGUAAGAUAAUGCAUCUGAAUGUGUCCUCUGCUGGGUUUGGUUGAAUAAUUUAAUUCUCUUCUGAAGAAGCAAUCACAGGUUAGUGGGAUAUGUAAAGAGGCAGGUUGGGGCUUCUUGUCAGUUUGAAGGUUCCCUGGAUACUGUUCUUCUUUCUCCUAUUCCUUCUUUUACACCUGAGGCAUUUCGGGACCCUGUCAUCACAGGUGAGCACACGACUUUCUCAUUCCAAAGCUAACUGAGUUUGAGCUCCCUCAGCUCAUAUAGCUUUGGGACAUAGUGCGUUCUGCGUGAAACCUUCAGCUCUUCCUAAAACUUGGCAGAGAUGUGGGUGGAGGAGGAACGCACAAACACUUUUGGCGAGGAACAUCUCUUUCUCAUCUCUCCUACUUUUCUUUCAUUCUACCUUAUUCCGCAUGGUACUGUAAACGCAGCAUUUUGGGGAGAUGCUGGGCUCUGUCAAAAUGCUAGAGUGCCACUUUACGUGGUUUUGUUCAGGACACAGUGGUGCUGCUGACUCAGGCCUACCUGCAGUGAUAUGCUGCCACCUGCCAGAAAUCAGUGUGGCUUUGCAGUGCUACCUCCUGUUUUAUCCCUCCCACUCUGCUCUUGUCUUUCUUACUCUCCAUUCAGUUCUUCUCUGUUUCCCCUUCACCCGUGGAUGCUCAAAUGCCCUUUUCCCUGAGCUUUCACAGCUCUCUCUAAUCCAUUUCUUCCUAGGUCUCCUAAUGCAUCUGUAUGGCAGCCUGGUUCACCUUCUGUUAUCAGCAGGGGUGACUGCCUUCCAGAAGAGGUUUCUUUUCCCUGCAGCUCUGGCCAGUGUUGUCAGCCAUGCAUAAGAUGGGCAUAGGAUGCUUUUCUCUCAGGUCCCAGCAGGCUGCAGUGCUGUCACACUGUCGUCUAGAGCUGGAGGACCUCAGCUCCUGCAGUGAGAACUGCAGCAUCCUGCCCCUCCCUUCCCUAGCCAGCUCCUUACAGGAGGGUACACAGUAGAAUCACUUAUCACUAGAUCCCCUCUAACCAGCCAAAUCCCUCCAGGGCUCUCAAGGACCUCUGGCUGCCUGAAUCCCUUUGAUUAGAUGCCUGCCAUCCCUUACUAACCACUCAGUGCCAUGCCUUGGGGCCCCACUCCCCGUGCUUCAAUGCCUUUUUAUGCUCUUCCCUUGGCUGCAAGGGCUCUGCUCUGCCUUUAUUUCCAUGGCCAAUUCUGCCUUAAUCCCUAGGAGAACAGCAAGAUGAUAUGGAGAGGGAAGACCAAGAGGGUAGCGUGAAUUCACUUCUGAUGCUCUCCUCACCCAGGUGCAGGGACAAAAAGCCAGGAUUGGGUUUGGGCUGUCUUUAUCUGAGUGACGUGGAGAACUGCACAAAGUGUGAAUUUUGGGUUUUGUUUUUUUUAAGCAAGGUUUUCUUUUUUAUAUUUUUAGCCCCAUAACUAACUGCUGGGCUCAUUUCUCCCUAUCUUUCACCCAUUUACAUGCCAUCAGUUCAUAUGAAAUUCAAAGCACAAAUUUUACUCUCAGGAAUAUCACCUCACUGUUGCAUAAGAGCCCAGCAUUGUAUCCUAUGGAAGUACUCUUCAGAGUUGAAUUUUGACAGCAAGUAACAACUCUGAUGGCCGAGAAGGAAAAAUUGAGAUGUACCCUGAUAUUUGAAUGCAAUCUAGUGUAUUUUAACAAAAUCAGCAGCUAGAUCCUGAAUUUGCGAUCAGAAUGGCUCAGCUGUGUUUGGAGAUGCAUUUCAAUGGCAAAACGCUCAUGAAGGUACACUGUGACUUCCUCCUCUGUCUGCUGAUUUUAUUUCCCAUUUCUUCAUGGUGGAAAGUUUAAAACCCUGCCCUGGCAGGGCUUUGCUUCAAAGUUAGCCUUUUCCCCAUGAGACUGUGAGUCUUUUGUGGCUUGGUUAGCCGGGGGUAGGGGAUAAGCACACAGAGAAUUACUCUGACUGAAAUCUCAGCAUGAAAUUUGAGGGCAUAACUAGGUUUCAGCAAACACUUAGGUCCAGUGAGAGGGCCAAGCCUGAAGACAUAGGAAAGUGCUGGAAGGAUGUUGGAAAGAAGAGCAGGCAGCAUGCAUCUUCUCAAAGGACCAACCUUCUGCUGCUCUUCUUGUAUAAAAGUCACCCUCUUUGUACAUGGUACAAAAAGAUGUGAAGCCAGGUCAGUGCACACAAGACAUGAGGAGGCGCCUUGGUAAAGAAAUCCAGCUACAUAUGCCCCAUUCUCUUUAGGAGCAUUUCUCCAUAAUCUGUGUUCACAUGUCCACCACAUCCCUCCCUUGCCCUUUACCUUCUGCCACAUUGUUCUCUGUUGUCUGAUGUGUGUUCUUCCUUGCACUGUCAUAUCUCACCUCCAAUUCUGCCCUGUGUACCCUCUGUGCUAGCUCCCUGGAUGUCCUGCUAGUGUGUCAUUCUGGUCUGCCUUGAGGAAGUUCUAGCUAGCUGAACUAACCAAGCAAAACUUCCUCCUUCUUCUUUCUGGUUCUUUUGGAGACCUCAUUGUAGCUUUUCAAUAUUUAGUGGGGGCUUAUAAGAAAGAUGGAGAGAGACUUUUUACCAGGGCCUGUAGUGACAGAACAAGGGGCAAAGGUUUUAAACUGAAAGACUGUAGAUUUACAUUGGAUAUAAGGAAGAAAUUCUUUAUGAUGAGGGUAGUGAGACACUGGAGCUUGUUGCCCAGAGAAGCUGUGGAUGCCCCAAAAUGGGCAAGGUCAGACUGGACAGGGAUCUGAGCAACCUGAUCUAGUGAAAGAUGUCCAUGCCCAAGGCAGGGGGUUUGGACUUGGUGAUCUUUGAAGGUCCCUUCCAACCCAAACCAUUCUGUGAUUCCUGAGUCCUAUCUGCUGACUAAAAUCUUCUCACCCUUUUUCUCCAGGGUAUUCUGACUCAUUGGCAUUUCUUCUUGGAAGUCUUUCUGAUUCAGCGUGUAUCUCAGCAGCCAUUUCCCUUAAAUGUCUCCUUUCAACAUCUGCCUCAGCUUGAAAUCAGACUAAACAGUAGUCUGACGUUUUCCCCAGCAUAAUAUCAGAGGCCUUUACCAGAAAGCAGAAAAGAGAAAUAAAUGCCAGUGUUGGAGCAAAAAAAUAUAAACCAGCCCUUUCAGCCUCAGAAAUGGAGCCUGACUCCCUGAGGCAAGCACUGCUCUGAACUUCCCCAGGCUAUAAGUCAGUUUGUGAUAGAGAGGUCUCUGUGUGUGUUCUUCCCAAUAAUCUCUCAAACCAUCAACACCAUUUUUUUUAAUUCCACUUCGCUUUUUCUCCCUGGCCUCAUCCUUCUCUGUUUCUCUUUGGAUAUAAAAAAGUUCUGAUUAUUUCUAUUCCUCUGCCGAAGACUGUAACUCCCCAGUCUCACUUCUACAGGAACAGCUCCUUGUUUGACAUUUUUUCUAGUGCUAGCUGCCAACUGGGGCUGACUUCCCAGGAUGAGACAUAGCAUGCAAUACUUGAUGUAGGAAAUGCAGCUUAACCACAAGAGACAAGUGAGGGCAGAAUGCAUUUUGUAUUAGGCUGUGCUGCAGGUUAAACUGGGAUAAGUCCUAUGACAACUGCAAACCUAAGAGAAAUGGCAGCAUUACUAUCAGACAAAGAAAGGCAUGAAGAUAAAGGAAGGAGAGAGAGUAAAAGAAGAAAAAGAAAAAAAAAUCUUCAGAUCUUAAAAAGGAAACCUAUCAGCUGAGAAUCUGGUAUGAGGAAGGAGUACAACUUCCUUUUCAGUUGUUAGGUUCUAAUUUUUUCUCUCUCAGAAGUUUCUGUAGUGCUGGCACUGAUUUCCUGGGCUAAGAAACUGAAGAUCUGUUCAGACCAUUUCUGAGCUUUCAGGAAUUCUCAGGCUAUCACCAGUGCUUCCAGUGUUCAGCACAGCCUUCUUUGACACACAGUGGGUGAACAAGCAGAUGGGAAAGGCUCAGUAACUUACUGGUGUCUCCCUCCGGAAUCAGGGACCAAAAAGGCCCACCUUUUACAUAGCAGAACUAAGGACAGGGAUCAGUGGUCAUACUGUGAUUAAAUGGCAUCAGAAAUCACCUACGCUGAGGUGAAGUUCAACAAUGCAUCACCAGCUGCAGUGGUCAAAGUACCUCCUGAAAUGAAGAAGCAUGAGCACCACUCCCAGAAAUACCCUUCUUGGCUCCCGUGGCUGAUCUCACUGCUGCUCCUCUUGGUGUGCAUUGCCCUUAUCAUUUUCCUCCUUGUCGCAUCCUUCUCCCAUAGCAGCGACCAGCCCACAGCCCUGCAGCAGAAAUUCAUGGAGUGGUGGUGCGUCUCUGCAGUGCCACAAGGGAAAGGGCAAGGCUGGACGUGCUGCCCGAAGGGCUGGAAACAAUUUCAAGAAAUGUGUUACUACCUUGCGGAUGAUGAGAUGUCUUGUGCUGAGAGUGUGCAGAACUGCACUGGGAUGGGCUCCCACCUGGUGGUGAUCAACAGCGAAGCAGAGCAGGUUUUCCUCACUAACGAGCUACGACAAUAUCCACUAGCACGGAAUUACUACAUCGGUCUGAAUGCACAGGUGGUGGGCCAGUGGCAGUGGGUGGACCAGACUCCAUAUAAUGAGGCGGCAGCGUUCUGGCGGAGUGGGGAACCAAGUAAUGUGGCUGCUGAGAAGUGCGCUGCAAUCCAUACGAGUUCAGUAACGCGUAAUUGGAACGAUGUCCGAUGUGAGGAGCAUUAUCGCAUUUGUGAAGCUGCAGCAGUAACUGUGUGACGGAGCAACCUUCAUCCUGAGUAAAACUGGGGGAUGAGCUGGGAACAGCUCAGGACUGUGUUGGGAGGGAUGGUGGGCCCUGGAUCCUGGACCUUUACUCUGCUUGGUGGGACAAUGUGAGUGGAAGUGGUAUUACCCUGUGUAGAGCACUCCCAGUGCACGUAUCAGCUCAUGGAACACAUGAAGGCUCAGCAUCAUCAAAGCAGGUCUUGGGCUCUUGCGUCCUCUUCCCUCUGAGUGGGUCUGGCAGCCGGUGGCUGAAAAGAGGUUGAGUUCUCCAGAAAGAAGACACAGGAAUGGAAGACAGAUGUUCAGAGCUGCUAUUUCCUUUCUCUGCUUGAGCAGAGGCUUCUGCUUUUUCUUGGGGCACUCAGAGAAUAUCUUAUUCUUGCAUUGGUUUUGCUGAACAAAUACUGAUUGCCUGUAUAAGAAAAAAUACGGUAUUAGACCAAUGAAAAAG